UGUUGAAGAAAAAUUCGUAUACAUGUACGGAUUUGUGGCAUGGUGUUAGUGCAAAGGGAGAACGCGAUUUUAUUUGCCUUACUACAAGAAAUUUGUUCAAUACGGCCGCCAUAACUAAUUUGAGUUUUGUACAAAAUAGUUGCAAACUGUUAGAAAAAUUACCAACUUCUAAUUCAAAUUAUUUUAUCAGACAGAGAAAAAAUUAAUUAACUAAUAAUUACAAUAAAAAACAAAGAACAAUUGAAAAAGUGCAAAACUAAUAUAGUGUGUGUUUCAAUAAAAAAACGAGGAAAAAAAGUACAAUCGAACAAUGAGUUACUCUGCCGAUGUAUUGAAUUCUGCUCAUCUUGAACUUCAAGGUGGCAAUGGUGCUGAAUUACGUCGUCCCUUUGACCCCACGGCUCAUGAUUUGGAGUCUACAUUCCGUUUGACAAGGUUUGCCGACCUCAAGGGUCGCGGCUGCAAAGUUCCCCAGGAGGUAUUGGGUAAAUUGGUCUCAGCCUUACAGCAAGAUUAUUCAUUGCAAGACCAAGAUGCUCAAUUUAUGAAUAUGGCAAUACCACGCAUUGGUAUUGGUCUAGAUUGUUCUGUGAUACCUUUGCGCCAUGGUGGCCUGUGUUUAGUACAAACCACUGACUUUUUCUAUCCCAUUGUCGAUGACCCUUACAUGAUGGGCAAAAUAGCGUGUGCUAACGUUUUGAGUGAUUUAUAUGCCAUGGGUGUUACGGAUUGUGAUAAUAUGUUAAUGUUGUUGGCGGUCAGCACCAAAAUGACCGAAAAGGAACGUGAUGUGGUUAUACCUCUAAUUAUGCGUGGCUUUAAGGACUCUGCUCUCGAGGCUGGCACUACAGUGACUGGUGGCCAAAGUGUGGUCAACCCCUGGUGUACCAUUGGUGGAGUGGCCUCUACCAUUUGCCAACCCAAUGAAUACAUAGUACCCGACAAUGCUGUGGUGGGUGAUGUUUUGGUCUUGACCAAACCCUUGGGUACUCAGGUGGCUGUCAACGCCCAUCAGUGGCUGGAUCAGCCAGAACGUUGGAAUCGCAUUAAGCUGGUUGUUUCCGAAGAAGAUGUACGCAAAGCCUAUCAUCGUGCCAUGAACUCUAUGGCUCGUCUUAAUCGUGUUGCUGCUCGUCUUAUGCAUAAAUACAAUGCUCAUGGUGCUACUGACAUCACUGGCUUUGGUCUGUUGGGUCAUGCUCAAACCUUGGCCUCGCAUCAAAAGAAGGAUGUCUCCUUUGUCAUUCACAAUCUUCCUGUCAUUUCAAAAAUGGCUGCUGUGGCCAAAGCCUGUGGUAACAUGUUCCAACUUUUACAAGGUCAUUCAGCCGAAACCUCUGGAGGUCUCCUUAUCUGCUUACCACGUGAACAAGCUGCAGCCUACUGCAAAGACAUCGAAAAACAAGAGGGCUACCAAGCCUGGAUCAUCGGUAUUGUUGAGAAGGGCAACAAGACUGCCCGUAUUAUUGACAAACCCCGUGUCAUUGAAGUGCCCGCCAAGGAUUAAGUCGUCAUUCUGGAGUGCUUCUAGAGUGCAGCUUAUUCAUUUUAUGUAAAUCUUUAUUAUCACUUAUUAUUCGGUUUAAUUUUAUUCCUCAGUGGGGACUUUUUGUUUUUUCAAAUGUAACAGAAAUUUUGACAAAAUUGAUUUUAAACAACAUUUGUUGUUGCAUUGGGAUUAAACACAAAAGUUCGUGUUACUUCAUCCUUCAUAAUUUAUGUUUUCUUUCCUUUUUAUUUUUAUUACAUUCUUUUUAAAAAAAUUAAUGUAAAUUCGUAAAUAUCAUUUUAUGAAGCUGUUAAUUAAUAAGAUUUUUUAUUAAGUUCUACUUUUAAUUUUUGCCUAAAAUUAUCACCUUUUUUUUUUCUCUGUUUGAUGUAACAUAAUAUCUCGUAUAACUAAUAAUUAGCUAUAAUAAUUUUAAUUGGCCAAAUUGUGUACUUCCUUAACGCAUUUUACACUUAGUUUAUCACACCCCCUUUAAUAAUUUUGUCUUAAACAAAUAUUUUACCACAGACGCACAACAAAGAAUCAGAAAUUAAUUUUGCACUUUAUACAUUUAAAUUUUCCUUCUUCUUUUUUUGAUUAGUUUAAAAUUUAACUUGUAUUCUUAAUCGUACGUAUCGUAUGCAUUUUAUUCAAUUAAAUAUAAAUAAAGAUAUUUUAUAAAUAAAUAAUAAAAAAAACUUGAUGCAGCACAACACAGGUGGCUGUGUGGUGUCAGUAAAAAACAAAA